AUGAGGUUAGCAGUGACGGUUGCGGUAGUAUUGCUGGUGCUAAGCCAUUGCAGCAAUUCUGUAUCGGCGGAAACUGAAGACAACGAGUUUGCUGAGUUCGAGGAUGAAGAGAUGGAAGAGGUUGAGCAAGUCCAGCCGAGUAGCCAUAGCACUGAUAAGAAAGUUGUGAAAGAAGAAGUACAAAAGCAGAAAGCAGACGACUUCGAUGACGACUAUGGAGUUGUAGAGGAUGAGGACGAAAUGAAGGAAAAGGAGGAUGAACAGCAACCAGUACAGCCGUUGAAAUUUGCGGAUUUUCAUAUCCAUUUGGGCACACCGAUCAUGAUUUUCAAGACAGUUGCCCACAUUAAGGGCUACCAAUAUAGCAGCCGGCAUUUUCGGUCAAAUUGGGCCUCCUAUCAAACACUGAUUGCCAUGUAUCUACUUAAUUAUGUCAUCGGUCGAAACACUAAUCAAUCGAUGGCAUUGGAAUGGUUCGAUAACGUCAGAAGUCUUCUUGAGCAGCAGUUUGCUUUGAUAAGAACGAUGAAGCGUCAAGAUCUGAUGAGUCGAAUUAUGGCAUUCUUCACUCCACAGAAGGAUGUCAUCACAUUCAAGUUGGAGUUGGAUCCUGGAGAGUUGGAUUCAUUCGUGAUGAUCUUUGGCCAAAAGAAAUCUGUUGUGAAGCAGUACAAGGAAAUGCUAGACCUUGCUACCUACACUGUUGAGAAGAAGAACACAUCCCAGUUUGGGUUGCCGGCUAGUUUCGCCCUCUACGCUGAACAGUCUGAGGCUACCUACGCAAUCUUUGAACCGGGAGUUGUUGCAAUUCUUCGCAAAUACGAAAAAGCAAUUGAACACGUGCAUAUCUCGGAUCAAUACAGUGGCCAAAAACCGCCAGAGGGAGAAACGUAUACACGGUUACCUGAAGUCGUUCGAUUGGUACAGUUUUGUCUGAAUUUGGACGAGUGUCGCGACAAGGAAGCACAAGCAGAGCUUCUUCACUUGAUGUUCUAUGUUGUGGACAAGGUACGCAAAUUCCGCAUGAGUAAAGAGGCGAAGCAAAAAGCGGACAAGAGAAGGCGCGAGGUUGAAGAAGCAUUCAUCAAGACCACUCAUCAGUUGAGACAAGAAGCAGCACAGGCCCGUCGUGAAGAAAAGACGCGGGAACGAAAGCAGCGACUUCUAGAGGAGGAAGAUCCUGAGAAACAGAGACGCCUCGAGAAACUGGAAAUGAAACGAGAAGCGAAGGCAAAGCAGCCCAAGAUGAAACAGCUCAAAGUGAAAAUGUGA